AUGUGUGAAAGUAUUUACAGACAAUUUAUCGAAGAAACCAAAACACAUCAACGAGCGAAUAAAAAUAUGCCGAAACCCUUGACAGUGAGGCGAUCAAGGGCACUUGGAAAAUACGAUGAGAGCCGUCAGCGAUGGUCCUGCGCAGCAAGAGCCAGUGGGCGAAAUGGCUCUUUAAGCAGGAAGAAUCUUGUGGGGGAAAAAGAGAAGUCUCAGAGAAAAGGCACCACGUCAUCACCCAAUGUUGAUAAAGAAGAUAAGAAAGAGGAAAACACUUCAGGUUCUGCUAGUUCGACUUCCUCUAUAAGAUCAGUUUCUUCUGAGAAGAGAAAACUGAAACCGGAUCAAACAGGUAUUCACUAUUGUUAUACACAAAGAAGACAAGAACUCAAAAGAUUCAAUGUAAUAUCUGAUAUUUUAAGAAAGAGAUCAAGAACCAGUUUAUCUCAAGGACCUGUUCAGCUCCAAGAAACAUCAUGCUCCAAUGAUAAUCAGAUUACUUCACGAAGCCUUGCUUCAAAUGGAACUAGAGUAAAUAUAAGUAAAUGCAUACAUUUUAAACUUAAGGACACUAAGUUUACAAAUGUUCAGGAUAAGCCUGAGCUUAAAAACCUUGGUAGUCCUAAGAUUGUAACUGUGACACCUAUAGUCAAAAGUCAGAUAAGUUAAAAAAAAAAAAAAAAAAAGACUACUUUACUUAGCCAAGAACUCAAGAAAGAAGGAUGCAGUAAAUUUAGAGAAAGUUCAGAAAGCUGUGUCUUGGAGAAAUGCAAGAAAAAAGAAUUUUCUCAGGAUUAUAAUUCCAACAAAGUACUUGGAAGAAGAAGAAAGAACAGUUUCAAAAUCCCAAUAAAAUCUCGUGCUACUCUUCGGAAACUUGCAGAAGACAACAUGCUCAGUAUAGUUGCCGACAAGUCAAAGACAAAUCAGGAGGAAGAAUACCCAGAGAGGUCCCAAGUUUCACCAUCUUUGACAAGGCACACAAUUGAAGAUUUACUUGCAGAUACUAUGGAUAAGACUUCUCCUGAUUGGAAAGGAAAAUAUCAUCAGCAUCCGGAAACUAAUGAUUAAAGAUCUACUGAAAAUCUACCCCAGAGGCUUGAUGCACCAUGUUCUUCAGCUUCUCCAGAAAGUAUUCAAGAUACAGAUCACGAGAUGCAGGUAGCAGAGGAGCUUCAUGCUGCAUGUGUGGGAAAAAGUAUGGAUUUACCUGUGAUUCCACCCUCUGGAGAGUUAAUGAGCACGGAAAUUGACUUGGUAGAAGACGGUGUACAUUCUUCCAUUGAAAAUACUGCUUCAAACAAAAGUCUUCUCAUUGUUAUUGACACAAAUAUGCUAAUGGAUCAUCUCGAAUUUGUUAGGAUGUUGAAGACAACAGAAAUAGUAGGCUUUGACAGAUUGGUGCUGAUAAUUCCCUGGGUGGUUGUGCAAGCACUGGAUUGCAUGAAAGCAGGGAAACUGCUGAACCAUGCCCAGCAUAAAGCUGUCCCUGCAGUUCAUUUCAUCACGGACAGUCUCCAAAGUCCAGACAGAAAGCUAUGGGGUCAAUCAAUACAACUUGCAUCUCAAAAGUUUUAUAGAUUGAGUGAUGAGAAUAAUGAUGAUCGAGUAUUAAAAUGCUGUCUUCAAUACCAGGAACUGUUCCCUUGUUCUCAAGUUAUUCUAUGUACGGAUGAUAGAAAUUUAAGAAACAAUCUUAUAAGUGGUGUGAAGUCACUCAGUAAAGAAGAAUUGAAUUCAGAGUUAUUAAACUUAUUUAUGGUCACAGAUGGGUGCCAUCAGCCUUGUAUUUCUAAGCAGCAGUUGAAAGCAACAUCCGUGAAAAAGAGCUCUGAAGAGGAAUCCACAAGUUCUGGACUGUCUGUUGUACUUGGAAGCAUCAUAACUGAGCUGGAAAAAGCUCUUGGAAUGGCUUUAUCUUCAAUAUUAGAAACUGAAAUGAAAAUUGUUUUUGGAAAUCUCUGGAUGGAGAUGCUGUACUUGAAGCCACCACGGACUUUAGUACAUGUAUUUCAGUGUUUUAAAAAACAUUGGUUAGCUGUGUUUGUAUUAAUUAUGGAAAACAACUGACUUUUAGUCAUUGAGAGCCUAUAUGAAAAUCUGUGUAAAGCUGAUAGUACACUGGAUUUUGCAACAGUGAAAUUCCUGCUUCAGGAUUCCAAAGCUUUGUUACAUGCUUUCAGUACAAGGUCAAAUUAUGAUGGUAUUCUUCCACAAGCGUUUGCUCAAGUGGACAAACUGCUGCAAACAAUCGCAGAGGUCAAGGCAAAACUUAAGCAAGCCUUGAGUCAGCAGCAGGCAGUUACUUCGAUGAAAUCUAGUCAUCCAGAAACCACACUUUUCUCGGAUUCUCAGCAUCCCCAAUCCAACAGGAAUCAAGAAAUCUGGUCUAUCCUAGAGAAUGUUUGGAUUACAAUAUAUCAGAACAGCACAGAUGUUUUUCAGAGAUUGGGCUCUAAUUCAGCUCUGACUACAUCAAACGUAGCAUCAUUUGAAGAAGCAUUUAUAUAUCUUCAAAAGUUAAUGGCAGCUGUGAAGGAUAUUCUCGAAGGAAUUCAAAGGAUCUUGGCCCCCAGCUGUACUCAUCAAGAUGUUGAGAUGCUCUAUAACUUUCUAAUCAAGAAUGAGUUAAAUCAAAGUGUCAUAUUUACUGCCCAAGAACUUUAUGACUGUGUUUCACAGAAUGAAUAUCAAGAAAAAUUGACCCUUCGAUGCCGCCACUUGGUCCAGCUGGAAUAUACCAUGCAGCCUCCCUUUCUCUGGGGAUGUCAUUAUUCAGGGCAUUUCUAA